AUGCCUUCUAGAGUGGCCCCAGUGGUGCACUGCCUGAGUGGCUUGGUGUGCGGACGCUUACUGCGUUGCAUCUGGACGCGCAGUCAUGACGUGCCAUCAUCGGGAAGGGCUCCUGCUGAGCAGAGGGUGCACGGGCAUCAGCCCAGUGCGGCAGGUAGCGCUGUGGGUACGCCCACUGUGAUUUCUUCCGGAUCCCGCAUGCGCCUGGAAGUGUUGUACAUCUCCGGUGCAACUGUGGCUACUCUCGAUGCGUGCUCGAACUGGACUGGUGCAGAUCUGAAGCGCAUCCUGCAGCCAUUUCUUCAGAAGGGCGUGGCGAUCGCGGGAAUCAUCAACGAAGGCACAGCGAUCGAAGACACCCAAACAUUGGAGGAGGCAGGCGUCAAGUCUGGACAGCUCUACCUCAUGCUGCGGAGCUGUACAUACUUGAUCGAAGAUGCCGGAGCGGAAGUGGUGAAUGGCUACUACGUCCAGAAAGAAGGUGAGCUGAAUAAAUCGCCAGUCUAUGCGAAUGAAGCUGGCAUUCUGCUCUUCAAGUACAAGAUGGCUCGGGGCUCCGAGUACUGGUACUUGAGCCGUGACGGUGACCUGAGCCGCUCCGACGGCGACUACUACCGGGUCCGCUCCAACAGCAAAAGGCCGCCGGAGGAGGGCUGGAGCUGGGAGGCUUGCCCUUUGGGUCGCCGGACCACGAUCCCGACGUUGACGUACUUUGGGAGCGACAAGGAUCUCGGGGGAUUCUGCUCUUCGUCCACCGCCUCUGGUGAAGCCCAGAGCGCUUCAGACACCUCUGACUGA